AUGCCGACCACUGCCGGAGGAGCUGCCGCGGGGCUCCGCGCCCUCUGGUUGUUUCCGCUCCUGCGGCCCGCAGCGGCGGCCUCGAGCGGCGUCUGCUGCCUCGUCGGCGCAGAGGACGGCUGCGGCAGCUGCAGCAUGCUGGCUGAGGCCCUACCGAGCAGCCACUGCAGCAAGUCGGAGGCCGAGUGCGUCGCCUGCGGCCCUCGGGCGGAGUGGUGCGGCGCGAGCGGCGGCGGCAGCAACAGCCCGCCCGCCUCGUCGGAGGAGGCCAAUACGAAGGCCACCACAGAGGCUGCCACGGCGAGCCCGAGCUCGACGUCGGCCGCCCCUUCCGAGGAGCUGCCCUCGACCGCGGGCAUGUCAAAAGAGGAUGCCGCCGCGACGGCCGCCGCCUUCCUCGGCAGCGAGGCGGGCGCGGCCCUGAGAGAGGCCGCCGCGAAGGCCGCCGCGGACCAGGACGAGCCGGAGCCCGCCGCCGCGGAGGAGGCCAACGCCGCUUCCGCGGGCACGGCCCGGCAGGCGCCCGCCGCCGCCGCCGAUGCCGGCGGGGUGGGCAAGGCCGCGAGGGAAGCCGCGGCGAAAGCCGCCGCCGCCCGCAGGAGCGCGGCGGGCGGGGCCGCGGCCCCGAGCGUCGCCGCCGAGGGCGCCGCGGCCCCGAGCGGCGCCGCCGAGGGGCGCCGCGGCCCCGAGCGGCGCCGCCGCGGCCCCGAGCGCGGCCGCGGGGGCCGGCGGGGCGCCGCGGGCGCCGCCGCCGAGGGCGCCGGCCUCUGCUGCCUUGCGGGCGCGGACGCCGCGGACCCCUGCGGCUCCUGCUUCGACACGGCGUGGUCCGACGCGGGCGGCCUCUGCGGCUCCGCCACCGCCUGCGCGGGCUGCGGCCCGCAGGCGGCCUGGUGCCCCGAGGGCGCGCAGGCCGCCAUCGUCCGCGAGUUCAGCGGCGUUGCCGCGCCCUCCGCCGGGCGCGGGCGGCCGUCGUGGGCGGGGGCGGCGCCCGCCGGCGCCGCCGCGGCCCUGGCCUUCCUGGUGCUCGUGCCGCUGGCCGUGCGCCGGCAGCGGCCCGCGCUCGGCGCGCAGGCCGCGCGGGCCGCGCCGGCCGGCGCCGAGGGCUCCGAGGCGGAGGCGAUCGCGCGGCUGUCCAGCGGGGGAGACGGCACCUAUCCCGGCUUGGGGUGCAGGUCGUCCAACGGGGCCAAGACGUUCCCGCCGCCCUGCUCGUUCGGGCUGUCGUGCUACAGAAAGAACCUGGAGCACUUUGUGGAGAUGUGCCACCCGGAUGACGACCACUACGUGCUCUCCAUCCGCCAGCACGAGAUGAAGGGCCAGUUCCUCACCCUGCGGCAGUGUUUCAGGUACGCCGACCCCUUCAAGAAGGGCUUCAUCGACGACAAGAUGUUUCUGUCGCAGAUGCUCGAUCAAUUGAAAAUUACCUUCACAGCCGACGAGCUGAAAGUUAUAUGGGACGCCAUGGACGAGGACUGCGAGGGCGUGGUGCAUUUUUCGGAGUUUGUCGACUGGGCGAUGUCAGGGAGAGGGCCCGCAGUGCUAAAGGCAUUGCCCGUCGGCAUGGAGGAGGAACAGGAGGACUUCGAGUCCAAGGAUUUUUCUGUCAAGCUGGUGAAGAAGAGCGCCGACGACAAGUGGGGAUUGGAUUUGCUUGGCCAAGGCACCGCCCGGAGGGCCGCGCAGAUCCGGGCCGUCCGGGAGCUGGGGCUGGCCGACCAGUGGAACGCGGCCAGGGCCUGCGAGUCCCGGGCGCGCCGCCAGCGCGCCAUACAGAAGGACGACUGGGUCGUGUCCGUGAACGGCAGGAGGGGCAUCGUCCAGGACCUGCUCAACGAGUUCAAGGGCAAGACGUGCGAGUUCGUCGUGCACCCGAGGGAGGUCGUCGAGGGCCUGGAGUGCAAGUUCGUGAGCAAACAGUUGCCCCAUGGCUGCCCCUGCAAGGGGUACUGCUACAACCCGGAGCACGGGCGGGCCAACCUGUGCACCUGCGGCCACCGGCACGGGCUGCACGUGCGGACGUCCGACUCAGCGGCCACGGGCUGCCCCGUGUACUGGACGAUACACAGCAGGGCCGACAGCGCGUCCAUGAACAGGGCUGGCAUCUGCCCCGUGGGCCACACGCUGAAGGAGGUGCGCCGAGGCAGCACCAAGGACAACAAGGGAGGCAUCCACACCUGCGGCGCCAUCGCGGAGCUCGGCGGCGAGUGUCUCAGCGGGCUGCCGACGGGGACAGACGAGGCUGGAGACGUCAGCAAGGUCAAGCUGUUCUGCUGCCGCCGAGAGGCGCUCGCAGAUGAGCACGGGUUCCUCCUUCUCAACCCGACGCCGGGCGGCAGCAAAUGGGGUGGCAAGUGCGAUUUCGUGGUGUGCGAGAAGUGCAGGGACUUCCGGGUGAUGCUGGAGGGCCUGAUGGACGGGGAUGGCGUCACCAUAACGCAGGAGAUCAAGUCCGCUGACGGGCUGAUCUGCAGAAAGGGCUGGCGCGGGAAGAUCACGUUGAGGCAGUACCAGGACGGCCAGAUCGCCGCCAUCAAGGUCCUCUUCGACGAGCUGCCUCUGGACGCCAGGAUCCCUCGCUCCAGCUUCGGGAAGCUCGCCAUCGAGAAGGCGACGGGCCCGCGCUGGGUGGACUGCGAGCCGGAGGUAGUCUGCGCCGUGCAGCAGGCCGUCGACAUGAGCAAGAAGCGGGUAUGGACGCGCGACAGGGGAAAGGCGAAGGUGCCCGAUGGCUUCGACGUCGUCAAGGUCAAGCGGAACGAGAACCUGGCGAUCUGGAAGAAGUACGAUCGGAGCGGGCGAGGGAAGGCGUCACUGCUCAAGCGCGGCGCCGACGACGACCCAGACAGCGACCAGCUGGAUUUCAAGGCCUACAAGGUGGCGACGUCGCAGCUGAACUCCAGCGAGUUCAUGAAGCCCGAGCCGCUCGACGAGUCGGUCAACGAGUGGAUGCUCUGGCACGGCACAACCAUCGAAGGCGCCCGGGGGAUCUGCGAGGUGGACUUCAAGCAGAAGUACGCCGGGACACAGACAGGCAGCCUCUACGGCAAGGGCAUCUACUUCGCCGAGAGCUUCACGAAAGCGGACGAGUACGCCGGGCCGUGCGGCGGGCCCGACGAUGCCGAGGCGGACCUGCUCGUGGUGCUGCUGUGCCGCGUCGUGGGGGGGCGCGUCCACUACACGGACCAGGACACUCCCGACCCGCACUUCCUGAGCAAGUCCGUGGUGCACGGCUCCUACGACUCGGUGCUGGGCGACCGGGAGAAGCUGAAAGGCACCUUCCGCGAGUUCAUCGUGUACAACAACGAUCAGGCUUACCCGGAGUACAUCGUCAUGUAUCGCAGGAGAUACAUUGAUCCGGCGCCUGAUCCAAAGAAGGCGCCGCCGACGCCGGUGACGACAACGUCAACCAUCUCGUCGGCGACAAUUGCUGCGUCUCACAGGGCCACGACCUCCACGCCGAGGUCCCUCGCCUCUGCGGGCGGAGGGGCGAAGGUGGCCAUAUGAGGCGCCGCGGGCCCCCGUGUUGCCGCCGGCGGUGCUCGUGCCGUCUCGGCGGCGAGCCGGCGUUACAAAGUCUCACCUCUGUCAGCAUCGUCCGGCCAUUUGAUGACUUCAGCCUAAAAAUCCCUUUUUCCCCUCUGAAGCGCUUCGCGCGUCAGCGGAUGGAGAACCAGCGCGCACUCAAGGAAUCUGCGCGCACUUCUGAAAGCUCGCGCUCGUGCCAGCUUUGGGCUCGAUGCCUUCUGCUCCGUCGGUGUUCCAGCAGUGCGUGCUGUUCAAGUGGUAGUUCCGGCUGGCCCUGGCGGGCGCGACGCGCUGGUGGCAGAUUUGCAGUCGGGGCGACAAUGCUCCCUCGAUUGCCUCGUGCCCGUGCGUCUUUGCGCCCCUACUCCUCCCUUCCUCCACCCCUCCCUGCGUAGUCCUGCCGCGGCUUCGCUCUCGCCCUUGCCUUCCGCUUCCCGCCCGCGCCCCUUCGCGCCUCGUGCCCGGCGCGCCCCGCUGGAGGCGCGACGCCCGCACCCGCGACCGCUGGCGGGCGCUGCGGAUGCUACAAAAGAGCGGCUCGGGCAGGGCACCCCGAGACCUCAGAGAGGGGGA